UUCAGUAGACUUGGAAAAUUCCUACAAUUUCAAGAACAUUAAUGUCGCAUGAAAUCUCGCUUCGUCAAAAGGGAGAAAUAUCAGUAACAGUUCAAUGUCACAGCAAGAUGGAUACAGGAAAAUCUUCAAUGUUGAGAACAAAAAGGAAUACAAGGAAGUUAGCUUUCUGUCCGCUCUCCUCUUUCAGUGGAUGAACAGUGUUUUCAAGACAGGUAGUCAACGACCUUUAGAUCAGGAUGACUUUGUAACCUUGUCAGAGGAAAACUCCACCUAUUUUCUGACCAACAAACUUCAAGCAAGUUGGAACAAGGAGAGAAGCAAUUGCAAGAAAAAUGGGAAAAGACCUAAGCUUUGGAAAAGCGUGUUGAGGAUGUUUUCUGCCAACGAUCUCUUAAUUAUUGGGUUCACUCAUACUUUGUUUUCAGCCAAUCAGUUUCUUAGUCCAUUGCUUCUCGGAUAUCUUGUUUCCGAAUUGAUGUCAGUUGUAGCAAGGGAGAAUAUUCUUCUAUAUCUUUGUGCGUUGAGUUUGUGUUUGAUCGCCCUGGUUGGAACUUUAGGUUCACAUCAGAAAGAUUACAGGGCUGAACUUUAUAGUAUCCGAAUGGGUAGCGCACUCAGGGGUUUGAUCUACCGUAAGACGCUUUCCCUAAGCAAGAAUAAGCUGCUAAAUUUUACGACAGGGCAGGUGUUUGAUCUGAUAUCCAACGAUGUUAAGAGAAUGGAAGAAGAAACUAUCUUAUUUUUUUUGGCAAUCCCUUUCAUUGCUCUUGAAAAUGUAUUGGCAAUGAUUGUUCUUGGUUACUUGAUCGGCUGGCAAGCUAUCUUGGCAGUCAUCUUUCUUUGGCUAAUAGUGCCAUAUUUGGCCGGCUUAUCCUAUUGUAGUGCUGCAUUGCGUCUACGCACAGCGGCCGCCUCCGAUCGACGCAUUUCCCUUCUGAGUCAGGUGGUUGCUGGGAUUCGUUCCAUCAAAAUGCAUGCGUGGGAGGACGAAUACCGAGAAAGGAUAAGAGAUACUCGAAGGCGUGAAAUUAGUGCUAUCCAUAAGAGGAAUAUCCUCCAAUCAACUGUUGAUGGCUUGCUGUUCAGUGUAUCGGCGAUGGCAACCCUAGUACCAGUCCUCACUAUGAUGCUAACUGGUCACACCAUUACACCUGUGAAUGUUUUCGUGCUCCUUUCCUAUGUCAGUGUACUAAGGCGGAAUACCUGCAUUGGACUGGCUAAUUCUCUUAUUUUAGUAUACGAGGCUUAUGUUUCGCUAGGUAGAAUCGAAGACUUUCUUCUCUUAAAAGAGCUUGCCCGACACUCCACUGAAGUGAGCAAAGAGGACAGUUGCGACCCAGAGAGUAGUUCAGUUACACGACAGGAGAAAAUGAACCACGUUUCCAACACUGUCGAAUCAAAAGACUUGCUAAGGGCUUCGUCUUUACUUGUGUCAAAUUUAACAUACAAAGGAACUGAUCGGAAACAAGAAUUCAUUCUCCAGGACAUCACGUUUGUGACACCGUUAAAAAGUUUAACAGCUGUAACCGGGCCAGUGGGUAGUGGAAAAUCCACCCUUCUCGCGGCAAUCGCUGGAGAAAUCUCAGAAACGGGUGGAACGAUAACCAGCCAAGGGACGAUUAUUUAUUUGCCCCAAAAAGCAUGGGUCUUUUCUGGAACCAUAAGAGAAAACAUUUUGUUUGGCCAACCAUACGAAGAACCCAAGUACGCUCGAAUAGUCGAGGUCUGCGCUCUCAGAGAAGAUAUUCAGCGGUUUCCCGACGGUGACCAAACAGUUGUUGGAGAACGUGGUGAAGUUCUGAGUGGAGGACAGCAGGCGAGGGUGAGUUUAGCUCGUGCAGUCUACGCUGAUGGAGAUAUCUAUCUAUUGGAUGAUCCGCUUAGUGCUGUUGACUAUAAAGUUGGGCAACACAUCUUCGACAAAUGCAUCAAAGGCUUGUUAAGCAAUAAAACCUGUCUCUUAAUUUCUCAUCAAGAACAGUACAUGAAAGAUGCCGAUGAGGUGAUUGUGCUGUACAAAGGGCGUGUGCUGGAAAAGGGUCGUUUCACUGAACUGCAAGUAAAAGGUGUCAUAAGUUCAACUGUUGACCCGCUCUAUAAGAUUUCUCAGAAAAACAGUACUGAUUUGAACAAAAGCUUUGGCUUGUUGAAUGAGACACCAGAGGAUCCUGAUCAAUGUGUGAGACGACCACCUCACUCCAAUGAGGGCCAAAGUCUUGAGAUAGCGCAAGAAGAUCGUAUAAUUGGAACAGUUACAGCCAAGCUUUACUGGGACUACUUCAAAAGUGGAGUACAUCCUUUAGUGAUUAUCAUAAUGAUCUGCUUCUGUCUUAUUACUCAAGCCAUGAUAGUUGCUCCUGAUGUGUGGCUACUUUUUCUUACGAGGCUGAACCCAGAGGAUCAGGGAAACAAGACAAAUGUAGCUAUCUAUGGAAGUCUUGUUGGUGCAUGCUUUAUAUUCGCCAUCGCUCGAGCAUACGGAUUCCUUCUGGUGUCUCUAAGAUGUGCUAAGCGUCUACACGACAAAAUGGUUUUGGCUAUUUUACAAGCUCCAGUCCUUUUCUUUGAUUCCAAUCCCGCCGGAGUGAUUGUGAAUCGCUUUUCCAAUGAUAUAGGUUGUGCAGACGAGAUGUUGCCAAAGACGUUUUUGUUUGCAGUUGAAUUACUACUGAUGAUGUUUACUGCAGUACUGAUACCAGUUUCUACAAAUCCAUGGCUUCUCUUUGUUUUUGUUCCUCUGAUCGGGUUGGUCGUGUACAUUUGUAUGUACUACUUGAAGACUUCCAGGGAACUGAAACGGUUGGAGUCGAUAUCCCGCAGCCCAGUCUUCUCUCACUUUUCGGAGACCCUCAUAGGACUGGACACGAUUCGUACCAGGGGAAGACAGAACCAUUUCGUGGAUGCAUUUUGCAGAUAUCAAGAUGUUCAUAAUCAGUCGUAUAUCAUGGUAAUUUCCAGUGGCAGAUGGCUUGGGGUACGCCUGGAUAUCAUUGCUGCCGUUUCGAUUGGUGCAGUGGCUCUAGCCGCCGUUUUUGUGGCUCAAGAUGCGGCUUCUGCUGGACUAUCACUUUUUUACAUCAUUCAGUCUGUGAUCUUAGUUCAAUAUGGUGUCAGAAAAGUUUCAGAUGUAGAGAACUACAUGACGUCAGUUGAACGAGUUAUGACCUACACCAAGCUUGACUCUGAGCCUGGAUACAAACUAGAUCGAUUUCCCUCCAAACAAUGGCCAAAUAAAGGAGGUAUCACAUUCACAGAUGUGUCACUAACGUAUUACCCUGGGGGACCUCGAGUGCUGAGGGAGAUAAAUCUUGGAAUUAAGGGAGGAGCGAAAAUCGGUGUUGCUGGUCGCACGGGUGCGGGAAAGUCAUCCGUUGUGGCAGCACUUAUGCGAAUGCCUGAUGCCAAUGGUGAGAUAAAGAUCGAUGACAUUCCAAUAAAAGAGAUAAACCUCCAAGCAGCUAGGCGAUGCAUUUCCGUGCUUGGUCAAAAUCCUGUUCUUUUCAGUGGAUCAUUGAGAAGAAAUCUGGAUGUGUUGAAUCAAUAUCAAGAUGUUGACCUGUGGCGCGUUCUAGAAGACGUGCAGCUGAAAUGUUUGGUGGAAGGGCUCGAUGGACAGCUUGAGUACAAAUUGCUGGAACAUGGAGCUAAUAUCAGUGUGGGAGAGCGGCAAUUAAUUUGCUUGGCUCGUGUGUUGUUGCAGCGAAGCAGGAUCAUCAUAUUAGACGAACCUACAGCACAUGUGGAUCCAGAAACAGAACAAACCAUCUGGAAAGUAGUGCGUGAUAAACUGAAGGAUUCUACCGUGAUCACUAUAGCUCACCGUUUGAACACCAUCAGAGACUGUGAAAUGAUUUUGGUUUUAAAAGAUGGAGAAGUUGACGAAUUUGACAAAUUCGACUCAUUAGUGAACAAAAAGGGAAGCACCCUGGGCGAGAUGGCUCGAAUCACAAGGACUUAACAAACUUGCUUGUCUCCAUCCAUCGUCAGUUGGCGAGUUUAGCUCAGGUGCAGUAGGAUUUAACCAGGGCAAUCAACGAUAUUCCCAAUUCUUGUUCUGGGAUUGCACGAUUACAAUACAGCAGACAUUACUUGAGCCACGAAUAAAAGUCCUUUUCUUCUGCAGCAGACAUACUUAUCCAUCGGAUACCUAUUUCUUGGACAGUCUCUUACAGUCUAAAGUCAAACAUUUCAACUAAUCACCCUUUCAGUCUAAAAGAAACUAUUUGGCAACGUUUUAUUACCAUUUGCGCUAAAAAGCGAGUUUCAUUGCGACGAUGUCAUUUACCCACAACCCUGUUUAUCGUUAAGGGAAAAUUUAUGUGUUUUAGUUUUGGACAAAUUUUUAGCAUUUUACGGUCACGCAGUUCAAGUUUAUUUUUCCAGUUUCGAUCUAGUUCUCGUGUUUUGUUCACUCUUUGACUCGACCGUCUGAGCUGUAAAGAAUGAUGAAUGAAUUGGUCGUAUUCAGAUUAUUCUACCAUUGUGAAAAUUGCGGCCGAAAUAUUGAUUUGUUGUUAUUUAUCAUAGAAAUAUUACAGUUAGAGUUUUUCGUGGGUUUUGGGACAUAUUUAGUCUUAAAUUUUUCAUAUAUAAUCAUUUCCAUUUAUUCGAAGUCGUUCGGUUUCUUUCGUUUUAGCGUUUCGGAAAAUAUAGAAAAGCCCACAGUAGGAGUUUUGGAAAUAGAACUUGCAUUGUUACUUUGUUUUUAUUUUGCAGCUGCCUGUCGGUACUUUUCUUGUGCAAUUCUAGUGAAAUCUUAGGUAAAUAAAAGUGUUAAUGGUCUUUCUGGCAAAAUUAGUGCUCAUGGUAGUUGGCAGCUGAGUUUAUACUCUU